AAGCAAUGUUUUUUCGUGCUUAAGCAAAAUUUCUGCUUAAGCAGCUCUCAGAUCAGCGCGAAAAUUAAUAAGGGGAUUCCCCACCCGGCCGGCCGGCGGCCUGUGCAAUCACGCACGCAGAGCAAUCGUGGAUGGGUUUUCCCAUAUGUGUCAUUGUGUGUUACUCAAUUUUUGUAAUUUUCCAUUCCGGCAUAAUAUUCUCGAAAAUGUUCUAGAUAUUUCUCAAUUAGGACUUUGGAAAAUUCGUAGCUUUGUUUGUGUCGUAUAAGAACGAGAUGGAAAGAAUAUAACGACCGUCCAUUCGGCAGAUGAUCAUUGAUGGUGAAGGAGGUUGUUGUGAAAAGUAUCUUGCUUCAACUUCAAGUUCGUAGCAACUAGCAUAUUAUUUGUUGCUUUAUGAAUGAUCUUCGUGAGUACUACAACGACUUGAACAACAGAAACUCAAAGAUGGAUGUUCUCCAAGUGGCAAUACAAAUGUUCAGACUUGCAGUGCUGUUGUUUGUUUCAAUACAAUGUUUGACAGCGACUUCUGCAACAACCCCGAUCGUUUCUCCCAGAGGCAUCUGCACCUCCCCAGACGAUUUCUACCAGAUCAAAUGGAGAGCUAGGACUGUGGACCCCGGGGAGUCGCUUCAAGUCUAUUGCGAUCGGCCAGAUGGAGCAAAAAUCCCAAUGGAAUCCGUUAGCUCCAGAUUGGGUGAUGAAACCACUCUGACGGUGCACGGCCUAAGCGACGGUCGUUUCAGCUCUUGUGAAUGCGCCGUGAUGAAGGAUGGCACAGCAGUCGGAGCUGUCCAGGAGAUGUCAAAGGCAAACAUUUGGGUCAGGAACGACACAAUGUUCACCAUAUCCCAAGAUGAGAUAUGGAUCAGCCCUGACCAGGAGGAGUUUGAAGUUACGUUUGACGUGGACUGUGACUUUGGUGGAUCGUUUGAGGUGCGUUACAACAACAGAUUGUUAGAGCACAGGCACAGCCCAGGCCCAGACAGGUUGCCUUACAUCAAGCUAAGAGCUGGACAACCUCCAGUACUUUGCUUCCCAGACCCAAGCUGCCGUGAUAUUGGGCUCUACCUUAUUAUCUACCGUGCUAGUAGGAACUACAAACCUAUUGAAACAGCACGGUAUCUGUGGAUACGCGCUAAUAGUUCCUCCUGCCCAACUGCAGUUGCAAUCCAAGAAAAUUCCACCACAGGUGAUGUCAGCAUGGAAAAACAUCAAGCUACCAAGGCUUUUAUCUUGAAUGAUGUUCCUAAGCCCGACAACGGUGGGACAGCAGGAUAUUUUGUGAUUGGCGGAAUAUGUCUGCUAUUGCUUGCCGUGUGUGCGUAUAUGCUUUACCAGAACCGUCGCCUAAAAAUGAGUCUGAGAGAAUCAAAUCAAAGGAAUGAACAGACGACGGCCCUGAAUACUGUUGAAACUAUUGGCUAGUAUCAGCAGGUGGCAUUCAGACAACGGUCGCAGGUCCCAGAGCUGAUAGAUUCCCAGAGGUGGAGCAUGCUUUGUGAGACAGCAAGUAAACAUUUAAAACGUCGGUGUGAAACAUUGGUAAUUCUUGGGAAAAAAAUCACCAUCGUAUUAUCUAAUAAUUCCAUUGGUAACAAUUUUGCAACCUGACGCCACUUUUUUCUUCAUAAAUCAUAAGGUCAUUCAUUGCAAAAAUGAUGAUAAGACAUGAAACUGGGAGUGAGAAACAUUUCCAAUUUUUUGAAUAUUUUGAACA